AUGACAGGUUUAUCAGAAUAUAUCUACAGUGGGGGAAACUGUGAGUUUGUUAUUCCUAUACAGGGUUUCGUGCUGUGUCACUCCAUUGCUGGGGGGACGGGUUCUGGCCUGGGCUCCUACCUCCUAGAGCGACUGAAUGACAGGUACCCCAAGAAGCUGGUGCAGACAUACUCAGUGUUUCCCUACCAGGAUGAGAUGAGCGACGUGGUGGUCCAGCCCUACAACUCUCUCCUCACACUCAAGAGGCUGACCCAGAACGCAGACUGUGUGGUGGUGCUGGACAACACGGCCCUGAACCGGAUCGCCACAGACCGCCUACACAUCCAGAACCCGUCCUUCUCCCAGAUCAACCAGCUGGUGUCCACCAUCAUGUCGGCCAGCACCACCACCCUGCGCUACCCCGGCUACAUGAACAAUGACCUCAUCGGCCUCAUCGCCUCGCUCAUCCCCACCCCACGGCUCCACUUCCUCAUGACCGGCUACACCCCCCUCACCACAGACCAGUCAGUGGCCAGCGUGAGGAAGACCACGGUCCUGGAUGUGAUGAGGCGGCUGCUGCAGCCCAAGAAUGUGAUGGUGUCCACAGGCCGGGACCGCCAGACCAACCACUGCUACAUCGCCAUCCUCAACAUCAUCCAGGGAGAGGUGGACCCCACCCAGGUCCACAAGAGCCUGCAGAGGAUCCGGGAACGGAAGUUGGCCAACUUCAUCCCCUGGGGCCCAGCCAGCAUUCAGGUGGCCCUGUCGAGGAAGUCUCCCUACCUGCCCUCAGCCCACCGGGUCAGCGGGCUCAUGAUGGCCAACCACACUAGCAUCUCCUCGCUCUUUGAAAGUUCCUGCCAGCAGUUUGACAAGCUUCGGAAGCGGGAUGCCUUCCUGGAGCAGUUCCGCAAGGAAGACAUGUUUAAGGACAACUUUGACGAGAUGGACAGGUCCAGGGAGGUUGUUCAGGAGCUCAUCGAUGAGUACCAUGCUGCCACUCAGCCGGACUACAUCUCCUGGGGCACGCAGGAGCAGUGAUUUCCUCUCCACGACUCCCCCUGGACAGGAGGCACAUCCUACACCAUGCCUGGCCCCUCUGACCCAACUUACUGACAACAUCUCUUGGUUCAUCUCCAGCCCAUGAACUGGUCCUGCAUCCUCCCUUCUAUGCCCUCACUGUUAAUAUGCUUGUAACAAAGUAAUAAAGCUUGAUUGUCAGUAUA